GCGGCGGUCGGCCGUUAGCGCAGUUUGGCGGUUGUCUUGGAGAAGCAAGAUGGCGGCCACGGCGACCGCGGUGGUGGCGGAGGAGGACACGGAGCUGCGGGACCUGUUGGUGCAGACGCUGGAGAAUAGCGGGGUUCUCAACCGGAUCAAGGCUGAACUCCGAGCAGCUGUGUUUCUAGCACUAGAGGAGCAAGAAAAAGUAGAGAACAAAACUCCUUUAGUCAACGAGAGCCUGAAGAGGUUUUUGAAUACAAAAGAAGGUCGAUUAGUGGCUAGUCUUGUUGCAGAAUUUCUUCAGUUUUUCAACCUUGACUUUACCUUGGCUGUUUUUCAACCUGAAAGUAGCACACUCCAAGGUCUUGAAGGUCGAGAGAAUUUAGCCCGAGAUUUAGGUAUUAUUGAAGCAGAAGGUACUGUGAGUGGACCCCUGUUAUUAGAAGUGAUUAGACGCUGUCAACAGAAAGAAAAAGGGCCAGCCAGUGGGGAGGGUGCACUAGAUCUGUCUGAUGUGCAUUCCCCACCAGAAUUGCCAGAAGGAAAUACAAGGUCACAUACGAUUCCAAGUAAGAUACCAAGGUAUAAAGGACAAGGUAAAAAGAAGAAGAGCGGGGAGAAGUCUGGUGAAAAGAAGUCCAGCGAGACAAGUCAGAGUGACACAAGUAUCUCCUUGUCAGAACCAAAGAGCAAAAGCAGUCGCCACUUACCGGCCCAGGAAACAAAAAUUGGGUCUUUCUUAAGUAACAAAUCUUUAGACGUCAAAGACAAAGCUGGUAUUUGUCCAGAUGAAGAUGAUAUGGAAGGAGACUCUUUCUUUGAUGAUCCUAUUCCUAAACCAGAAAAAACUUACGGUUGGAGAAGUGAACCCAGCAAGCAGGGGGGAAGCCUGGCAUCGCUGUCUGAUGCCCCACCCUUGAAGAGCGGGCUCAGCUCCCUUGCGGGAGCCCCGUCACUGAAAGACUCGGAAAGUAAGAGGGGAGACGCAGUGUUGACAGAUCUGAAGUUGGUCGGUGAUAAGAUUGGAUCGCUUGGGUUAGGGACUGGAGAAGAAGAUGACUAUGUCGAUGACUUUAAUAGUAGCAGCCGUCGCUCAGGAAACAGCCAGCUGAGUAUCGGUGAAGAGACGGAAGAAGGCCUCUCUGUGGAAGCGGAUGACAUCAGCGCCAGUGAUAAACUUGACGACCUCACACAGGACCUCACCGUCUCCCAGCUCAGCGAUGUGGCGGAUUAUCUAGAAGAUGUGGCCUAGACAUGGAAGAAGGAAGUAUUCUAACGUAAAAAGGACAAGGGACUCUGAUCAGUUUCAUUUUUUCAGACAAUCACUCUUUGCUGGAAUGUCUGCCCCCAUUGGUGCCUUGUGUUUCAAAAAGACUGCAGAUAUUUUAAAAAUUAACGUUUCACUGCUAAACAGAAUACUUCCUGUUUGAGCCCAUGUGUGGAAGACUUAAUAUUCUUAAUUUGGUUUAGCUACACUUUUCGCUAUGGAAGUUGAUUAUCUGUCGCUUCUCCAGUUCGUUACGGGAGCAAACCCAUGAAAAACAGCAGUAGUUAGAGCGUACUAAAAGGUGCCGAUAAAGUGGUAGGUUCACGGAACUCUGUGUGUGUGUGUCUGUGUGUCUGUGAGUCUGUGUGUGUAUGUGGCCGAUAUUAGAAAAUUAAUUUGAAAACCGGGGCUUUAGCCUUGGAGAGUUGACGCUUACCCACUGUAUUAUAUUUUGAUACUAGGUGGUUCUACAGCUCGUUGGCAGAAUAACCUGGUAAAUUUGUGGUACUGAAGCAUAUUGAUAUAAGUUAGAUUUGACAUGUCAAUUUUAUUUUGUAUUUCCAUUUGGAAGGUUUGUUAGACCGUUGAGGUUAUAUUAAAGUGCUCUUUUGUAUGCUACUUAAUUUUGCUUGUUUUUAAGAAGUCUUGAAGUGGCUAUGACUCUUAAUUCAUAAAUUUGGUUAAUAGAAUUAAACUUUGCUGUUGAUGUCCCUGUGCCCACGUAAGGAACUUUAAUCAUAGGUUCGCUUCAUUUUAUUAUUUGCAAAGAUGCCUCGAAACAUAUUAAAUACAAAAAUACAUCUGAAAGCAUUAAGCAGUGCUUUAAUUUCAGAUCUGUAAGUUGAGUAUAUUAAAAUCCCGAUUGGACUGGAGCAGCAGUAAUGGCGUCAGACCAUAGUGAGGCUGACAGCAGCUUUGGGUGCUGUGCAUAGUGUCACGGCCGCGUCUCAGGAGUCUCGGUCCCGCUGCUGGACACUGUGCUGCUGCUGUGUAGCUCGCUGACACAGGCAAUGCCGCAAGGCUGUAACACGGGCCAGUGAAGAACAGCAAGUGGAGUGAUGCAUGUGUUCUCAGAUAAGGAGAAGUGAAGCUGUGAUCGGGGCAGAUUUAUUCUUUUAAAUUUCCAGUACAUUAUGGCUUUUUUAUUGAAAUUAGACCAGAUGUAUUGAUCUCAGUAAGUAAGCUGACUCCGUGGUUUACCUAAUACCGGUUUCUCAUUUCUUAGCCUAAGUAUUAUAAAAAUACUUGUUGGGCCCUAAAAUGUAAAGAGCAAUAAAAACGCAAGGAUUAAGGCUGUCUGACAUUAAAUCUGAUUGUUUUUUUAAUUGAAGUGAGACAGCUGUCCACAUCAAGAGGAAGUAGGACAGAAAAUGGGCCCGGUAGCUUGAAAGCCUGCUUAGAUCUGCCCUCACUUGGUGAAGCGUUCUCUCACAGUCCUUAGGGGUUUUCGUGUUUUAUGUGAGUGCUCUGGGGAGUAAACAGUGUCCUGUGUGAGGCCGUCACGUUGCCGCCAUCCCCCCGCUUGCUUGUUAUAAUACACGUUUUGUCGUACAGCAUCGCUGUGAGCAAUGCAUGAAACCGAAUACUUUCUCUAAAGGAUUAGACUUCUGUUCUGCCCCCUGCAAUCAGCGUCAAAUGUGUGCUUUAUUUUUAAUAUUAUUUGAUAGGAGUUAGAUUUCAGCAAAAUGAUGUGAACAUGCGGCAGGAUGUGGCUUUCAUUUUGUGGGAAACCUUUGAAUAGUGUCAUCAGAAAUCUGCCAUUUUUCUAUUCCCCAGAGAAUCUGACCUUUGAGUAAUAAUUGGGGGGUGGGGGAAAAUUCCAAAUGUGAAAAUUUCUUUGUCAUCAGCACUCCAUACGUCGUAUCGAGUAAUGGUGAAUAACUGAAAAUUCAACUAUGGAAAGGUUGCGUUUCCACCUGUAUUCUUUGGUUAGAUAUUAUUAACCUGUUAAAUUUGAAGAUGGGGAGUGACAGAAGAUUUUGAGUGUGAUUAGUGUUUUCUUUUUGUCAAAAAAUGUCUAUUGAAGUAUUAACCCAUGAAAAACAUUUCUGUGGUAAAACCUGUAUGAAACUGGAGUAUUUCAAACUCUAGAUCUUUCAUUUUGUUAGUGA